AUGCUCCCAAUCGGACAAGAAAACACACAACCACCCUGCCCAUACAAACUCCCUCAAACCCUCACACUAGCCCUCGGCUUCACACUCAUCACCCUAACCCUCCUCCUGAUCCAGCGCAUCGCGCGCCGCCACUAUCAGCCGACACAUACACAUUCCCCUGCAAGCCCAGCGCAACCAGACCAAACGGACGCCAUGGAAAAGGGCAACUUGACGAGUCCAGCACCGAGCACGAGCAUGACUAUGAAUAUCUGUCCGCCACCAGCCACAGCUUGCGACGUGUUGCAACCUCUCUCGCAGAGUGGUGCGUUCCCAUCUAGCGGGGCGGUGGCGGCUAGGGCUCGUGAGCUGAUGCAGACGGGUAAGGCAUCUCCGUCUUCUCCGGGGAUGGAUGAGACGGUGAUGGCAAUGGUGAUGGCGAGGGCGCUAGGGGAGUCUGAGGAGGGGUGGAGUGAGACCUGUGGGCCGGUGCAGAAGCGUGGUGAGUCGGUGCUGGAGAUGAGGGAUGUUGAUAGCGAUGGGGUGCGGACUUGGAGGCGGGUUGUUGCUGAGUAUAGUUAG